AUGGGUGGGGAGUGGAAGUGCGAUGGAUGCGGUGAAAUUCAACUACUGUCACAAACUAAUUUGCACACAAGUCACCCUGAUUUUUCUCAUCGUGUUCUCGAGCUGACGGUGGACAUCCUAAAUCACGACGAUCGAACUCGCAUCUGUGAGUUUUUCGGCCCCUUUCUCCGCGUGGUUAAUCCUCAGCAAGUGAGACUGGAGAGUUCUGUCCCCCUUUUGUUUCAAAUCCCUAUGUAUAUUUUGGAAGGGGGAGGGGAGUACGACCUUCAUGUGGCGCACUCCGACGAGCUCUCUAGCUCAGCAAGCCACUGCCUUCAGCCUCCGCACCAGACUACUGACCGGCUCGAACAAUGGUUGAGCUCCUGGAAUGGAGAUAGAGAAUGAGGUCGGUGAUUCAGUGCACAUUCCUCGCUUUAAACAACCUGACGCGCUUGAAGCUAUUACGGUGCGCCAAAACUCAUGGCUUGAAAAUUUGCAAACUUUACGGGACAAAAGAGACCUAGCCGUUGGCACAGUAUGCUUUUAUGCGGAGUGGUUGACUGCUGGUCUGAGGAUCAGGCUGCAAUUGUCACUGCUUAAUAUGGCGUCUAAAACACUUCCACGCAGGGGGAUGUGAGGCGGGCGUGGCGGCAUAUUUAGGGGCGGCUCUAGGCGCGCCAGCAGCCUGCAGCACUUUCUACAUCCGGCUUUCUUGGCUGUUUCUUGACAUCGCGCCCAGGAGAUGGAGGAGAAGAGUUAUCGGUAGAUUUAUCGCAAUUCUACUGUUAGUAUGGGCGGAUUUUCGCGCGUGUCGCCGCUCCUGCACCCAUUCUGUGUAGAGCACACGAAGACAUCCUGGGUUUCAGUCGAACUGUCACAGUCAUCGUGGGGAGUUUAGUCAUAUCUAAUUUGGUGACUUGACUGGGUAGUUUCGGAAUUUGCGGACACACGAUUUUGCUAUCCCUGUGUCCGUAUGUGCGUAUAUUUGGUUCAUUUUAUCCGGUCUUUCUCGACAACGUAUGGAAAUCUGCUUUGUUCAAGUUGGACGUCUACACAUACCGCAGGCAUUUAGUGCUUGUUGCGGUCUAAGUAUUUUUACUUCUUUGUUGCGUGAUUUUUUAGCCGCGACGGUUUUUUCGUUUGUUGAAGCCUUUUCUCAAAUGGCCGAAUCCCUAUUUUUACCCUUUUCCAUAUUGCUUGUUGUUGAUUUGAUUGUAGAAGGAAACAAUAAGGUGGUUAGGUGCAUGUGAGUCAGAAUUAGCGCUGAUGCUUGUCAUUUGAUUAUCAAUGCGUGUUUUUCCAGGCUGAAAUGCGGGCACAAAAGGCAAAAAUUAACAUCUGCUUAUGUGCUCUCGUGGCUAUUUUUGCGUGUGUUACGACGAAGGAUCGCUCUGUUUUCUCAUGCUUUUUCUCGUUUUCCACCUUUACUGUUUGUCGUCUAUCUGCUAAUUUGAAGGUUUUCCGUACAUGGCAGAAUCAGCUUUACAAUCGCAGUAAACCUUGAUUUAAGUCAAUUGGUUUAUGCAGCUACCAAAUUGUCCGUUUUCCGUGAAAUCUUGAUAUACAGUUCAGUCGACCCGAGCAAUUUGGAUUUUGAUUACUUGUGCGGAAAAACAGCAUUUCUGGGCAGUAUUGGGUGUUAGUUGCUCUCGAGUGUUAAUGCGACGUAAAUUUUAUGGAUGUUUAAUCUUACGGUCUGUUGAUGAAGAGGUGUGCCUGUGCGCGGAGAAUAUGGUAGUAGGAAGUUCGUCCGUAGUACGUAGUUGCCACGCCUCCAGCUGUGUCAUUUGCAAGAUGACAGGAGGCUCCUGAAGACAGCCAAACCUGUCCGUCGGCAUGUUUGAGCUCAUUGUGUUGGGCACUUUUGAAAGAGCCCGCUCAUCCUGAUGGGUGCUAAAUCGGAUCACGCUGAAGAAAAUGCAAAUAAAAUAAACCAACUUACCUGAAUGUUUUUUGGAACGCGGGAGCACGCUUCUUCGGAUUACUCGUUUGAAUCGAUUUAUACCGCACGUGUGUUUCAAUACCCACCUUAAGACGCGCAGCAAUCUCUCAUAACUCAUAUAACCCUACAGCUGUUGUUUGGUCAGUUUGAACUACACCCAUCCUCGUAGUAUGUUUGCAUAAACAUGUAACUAUUUCCAUGUAUUGGUCUUUGUGUGCUAAAAUCCUGUUUGCCUCCGCGGUAACCUUCCUCUUCAUAGACACUAAACCUCAACGUGUGUUGAGCUGUGCUUAUCUUUUAAUCCUACUAGGAAGUCCGGACAUGAUGAAUGUAUGUUUACUAGGAUUCCAAACCCAGUGACAGAUCUGUACGCCGAUUGUCAUACCGAGUGCAAGUCAUCGAGUUCGGCCGCUGCCAUCGUAUAAUGUGAAAUUUUUUGGUCAGCUGUUGAGGCUUUUAGCUCUUAGCAAUCGCUUAAGUGUAUUCAAGCGUCUCCCUUGCUCUUUUGUUUAAAACUUGGCAAUUUUAGCCACAUACGUGAUUCAGGAUUAAUGUAUACUAGCAUCAGAAUCUGUUACUGGCUUAAAUAAGACCUAUUACUGAUGGUAUUCCCCAAAAUAUGCCGAGCUGCAAGCAUUAAAGUAUGCUCAUUUAGUGGCCCACAUGGAUGAUAUCAUAAAUUGAGUUAUUUCUACUGCUACUGGGUAUAGACAGCAUGCACCAGAAUUUGGAGAUUUAAAUCUUUCUAAAUAUAUUUUUUGAUUUCUGAGGAAUCAUAACUGAACCAGAUCAUUUGAGCUGUCUUUUAACCGGCUUUUCUUGUAAAGGCUACCCCCUCGUUUUCUAAGGACCGUUUUUCGAGUUAUGUGAAGACCGUCUGCUUUCUCAUUAAUUCUGAGUUCCCUUCUGUCUCCGGCCUUCGCUUUGGGCAUAAGACGUAACCUGAAGUACAUGAGGCAUUUGAGUACUUCGGAUGGGCUUGUUUACUCACUGUUCGUUGUAUUUAUGUCGGUGGAACAGUUGUACAAAUUGAUGUGUGUGUGUUGGUCAAAACAGAAAACGUGCCUGGGUGCUUAAGUGCCAAUCAUGAUUUGAUUGGCUUUAGUAGGAAGUGCUUCGUGCUAGUCUGCAUGUUUGUAACAGUUUGUUCGUAAAGUGGUUGACAAAGGGAUAUUUUAGCUUAAUACUCGACUUGCUCUACUGAAGGGCGAUGUUUGAACUCGUUUCUCGGUCCUUCUAUUUGUCGGCGGUCAAGGUGUCUACCACGGUAGGCGGAUAAAUAUCCGUCUUCUGGAAGUCGAAUUUCUGUAAACUUUGUUAGUUAUCAUGGGUGCUGUGUGAAGUAUUUCGGUAGAGUCCUUAUUAUCAGUGCUUUGGUUUGAUCAUGUGGUCACAGCAGACCAGGUUGCCAGCACUGAGACACCCGGAGUACAUGAUUGGCGUAGGACGCUGUCAAGUAUUACAGCGUUAGACUGCCACAGGCGCUGGUUUUUUUUCGCAUGCUUGCCAUUGUUUUUGGUUAUUUAUGAAGACGAUCUUGAAUACUUAAGAAGAGAGACAUCUUUCGCAAUCGCCGUUGUGUUUUUCCUUCUUCUACUUGGACCUCAAUCGCCAUAUCAGUGGACAGAUGUUAGGGAAGGGCUGCGCCCUGCAGUGGGUUUUAAAUUUUCAUUUUGCUUAUUGAACAGGCUGCAUCAUACACCGAAUAGUUGCCACUUUUUAACAAUGUCACCACAUAAAGGAACUUCACUGCCUCCUUCACCAUAAAUUUCGGGACUACUUUUGUUCUGAACUUUUUGUAUCUCAUACUUAAUAUGGGUUACGAAAUGCGCCAGUCUGAUUUGAUUGUGGAACCCGGAAUGGCCUCUCACUUUUGGCCUAGUGCACAUAAUCCUGAAACUAUAAAGAUGCGAAGACAGGAAGACCAGAGCAACAAUUUUUGUUCUGCCAUACGCCCUAAGCCAGACAUCUCCACAUCGCUAUCAGUGCGAAUUUAAUACUUAUUGCUUGACAGAAUGUGCCUAUGAGUUCACACUUUUUCCCUUAAUUAUCGGCUCCUGUUUCAUGUGCAGACAUUACUUGUGAAGAUAAGACAUGAUCGGCUAAAAUAAAUGGAUACACUCUUGGUCCAGUUUUCGUAUUAGCUUUGUUUACGUAAGUCUUGGAGCUCCUCUGUAGUUUGUUCAUUUUUGUGUACAAGAACUAUUUCUCCUUUAGGCAGAAACCAGAUCGCUGCAGCCGAUCAACUGUUCAAUCGUGCCCUUCCUCUUCAAGAUGACCCUUACGCCACUUUUAUAAGCAGGUGAGAUCGCAGUGCUUUCAUCUUUUUGAAGGUGGUCGAUAUCUUUCUGUUCUCCUUGAGUAAAGUUAAGCUUUGCGGCUCUUGUUCUGUGGGGGAAGACACGAGAGAUUUUCGUUCUUGCAGCGUUAGGAAGUUUUAUUCGGCGAUUUGGCCUACCGGUUCUGCCUUUUCUGGAUUAUAAGGCCGAGAAAGUCAAAGGUUUCUUGAUUCGAUGAGGAAGAAGUUAGUUGGGAAGCAAGCCAAUCAGUCCACCCUUACGUCAUUGUGACUAGCUAUGUCUACCUUGGCGUCCGUUCAGGGCACGGGCCUGUACUGCCUAUGGCUUAGAAAGAUCUCUUGAUCGAUCCGUUGUCGAAUUCUUGCGCAGCCGUCACUCACAGAUGAUCUUGUUUUAGCCUUUUCAAAUAUCGACGUGUCGGCGAAAUCGAGGACGUGAUUUGGUCUAGGUCGUAAACAGCUUAGAGUAGCAAAAUACCCUUUCCAGUUUUCGACUUGUUUUGUUUUCACAGUUUACUCAUUUUGGUUGCGUCAAUGAAUAGUAUGCCGACAGAAGUCGUCCGUAUUACUAAGUAACACGCCAAUGGCACUUUGUUUCUUCCCAUACACAGACCCUCAUGUCCAAUUUUGUGCAGCUUUUUGACUCAGCGAAUCGACAGCGUUGUGUGCGCCUCCUAA